CUAGUGAUGUCAUCUCUAUAAAGCCUUCCAGACACUUACCGGCACUUGUUCGUUGACUGUUGCCGAGUAAACAUCGUUGAGAACAAAAUGGCAAAGCAAGUUCAAAUUAAGUAUACUCAAUUAUUCAUCGACAAUGAAUUUGUGGAUGCUGCGAGUGGUCGUAAAUUUCCUACAAUAAAUCCUGCAGAUGGUAAAGUUAUCGCUGAAAUCUCCGAAGGAGAUAAGGCUGAUGUAAAUAAAGCAGUGGAAGCUGCUAAACGAGCUUUUAACAGAAAUUCGGAAUGGCGUACAAUGAAUCCAUACAAACGUGGACAACUUAUGCACAAGUUCGCAGAUCUUGUUACACGCGAUUUACAUUAUAUCGCUACUCUCGAAACUCUUGAUAAUGGAAAAACAUAUGAAAGUGCUGUUGAGGAUAUUCAAGCAAGUAUUGCUACUUUUCGUUAUUAUGCAGGCUGGAGUGAUAAAAUACUUGGAACUACUAUUCCAACAGGCGAUAGUAGUGUUACAUUGACACGAAAAGAGCCAGUCGGCAUUGUAGGACAAAUCAUCCCUUGGAAUUAUCCUUUUCUGAUGUUGAUUUGGAAAUGGGCUCCUGCUUUGGCUACUGGAUGUACACUAAUCUUAAAGCCAGCCGAGCAAACACCUUUGACUGCGCUUUAUGCAGCUGCUCUAGCUAAGGAGGCAGGCUUUCCAGCGGGUGUCAUAAAUGUCAUUCCAGGUUAUGGUCCAACUGCUGGCGCAGCUAUUGCUGAACAUCCAGAAAUUCAAAAAGUUGCUUUUACUGGAUCCACCGAGGUCGGACAUGCCAUAAUGAUAGCUGCUGGUAAAAGUAAUCUUAAACGUGUCAGCCUUGAAUUAGGUGGCAAGAGCCCACUUGUUAUUUUCGAUGAUGUUAACGUGAAAGAAGCUGCAGAAAUCGCACAUAAUGCAAUAUUUACAAAUCAUGGACAAAACUGUUGCGCAGGGUCGCGAACAUUUGUGCAUUCUAAAAUAUAUGAUGAAUUCGUGAAACAGGCUAAACAAUUGGCGCUUGACAGAAAAGUAGGGGAUCCAUUUGAUCCUAAAAUAAAUCAAGGUCCGCAGAUUGAUCAAGAGAUGUUCGAUAAAGUUAUGGGCUUAAUCAAUUCGGGCAAACAGCAGGGUGCUGUUGUGGAAACUGGUGGAAAUCGAAAGGGCGAUACUGGUUACUUUGUACAACCUACAGUUUUUUCAAAAGUAACCGAUGAUAUGAGGAUUGCCAAGGAAGAGAUUUUUGGUCCGGUUCAAGCAAUCUUGAAAUUUGAAACCAUGGAUGAAGUAAUUGAACGUGCUAAUCGCACUAACUAUGGCCUUGCUUCUGGUAUAAUUACUAAAGAUAUCAAUAAAGCUUUGGAAUUUGCCCAAGCUGUAGAAGCAGGUAGCGUUUGGAUAAAUUGUUAUGAUGCUAUCACACCUCAAACACCAUUUGGUGGUUUCAAACAAUCUGGCAUAGGACGUGAAUUGGGAGAAGAAGGCUUAAAAGAAUACCUUGAGAUUAAAACAAUCUCUAUUAAUGUCAAGAAAGGGAAUUAAUAUAUCUA